UCGAAAGUUCCUGAAGGCAGACAAAAUUUCUAGUGAGCCCAAUUCUGAACAAAUUUUCUUUUUUUGGUGUAAAAAUUACCAAAUUCCAGUUGUCACAAAAUGAUUAUGAAGAUUCCAAAUUUCACCAUUGGCAAUGGGUAUUAUGGCUAUGGCGAACCAUAUGACUCGAAUGACUCAGAUCCCGAAGAGCAAUAUUUGACAAGUUCUACGCCUAGUGAGCCCGAUGUGCCAGUCAGUUACUCCGGUGAUUUUUCCGAAUACAUGUGGAUGGAAAAUGAAGAAGAGUUCGAUGAAGCUGAAAUGCAACGAUUAGAGGAACAAGCUCUAAUGGAACAAUGCAUGGAGGCUAUGCUAGAGGAUGAAAUUGAGGAAUCAGAGGACGAGAAAAACGGUUCUCUUGUGAUUAAUGUGGAAAAUCCAUCUGAACUAUGUGACGUUCUCUCGUCUUUGCACGUUGGUCCAAGCAAUGUUGAAAAAUCGACACUCAAUCCUUUAGCGGCAGAGUUUGUACCACAGCUACCAUCGCUAUUGCAGCCAGUAAAGGCUUAAAUUUUCUCAAUGUUGGUAUAUUUUAUAAAUGUGUUCGGCUAUAAGACAUGUAUGUAUGUACAAUUAUUGUUAAAAUUUAGAUAAAACAAAAAAAAAAGAUUAUAAUAUUAUACUAAAAAAAAGAAAACAAAAAAUCUCAAAACUUGCAGCUUUUCUUAUUAUUUUUAACACUUAUCAUUGCUUGAAGUGCAAAAUAGCAACAUAUAGACUAGAAUUUUCAUGAUUAGUAGUUGAAACGUAAUCGAUGGUGAUUUCCAACGAAUUAAUUAACUGCACAAAAAAAAAUAUAAAAAUAUUGAAUUACAAAAAAAAAAAUAA